AUGGCUGACAUUGCUGCUCAGGAAGAAGAACUGAAGGAGUUCAAACUGCAGUAUGAAACAGUUGUCUCCAGCUUGCAGGCAGAUCCUGAUAACACAGAGCUUGCGAGUCUUCAAGCUGAGCUUGGAGAACUGAUCAGCUUGACUGAAAUCGCCAUUGCCGAACAAAAAGCCGAACAACAAGCUGCCGCACCCAAGACUGCGCCCAAGGAAAACCGAUUUAAGAAUAAUAGCUUCCAGAAGGCGGACAAGGAGGAUGCACCUACACCCUCAGCGCCCGCUUCCUUUGCAGUGAAUGAUAAUGUCCUCGCACGCUGGGUCUCUGGCGACAACGCCUUCUACCCGGCCAAGAUUACCUCCAUGACGGGCUCAUCGACCAAUCCCAUGUAUCUGGUGUCAUUCAAAUCAUAUGCGACUGUGGAAAACUUGACGGCAAAGGAUCUCCGACCCAUUUCUGGCUCUGACUCUCGCAAGCGCAAGGCUGAUGGAACCCCAGGCAGUUCGGCGUCUCCCUCGCCCGCGCCCCCCGGUGUAAUCUCCGCCGCAGCAGACAUUAACCCCGUACUGGCCACUCAAGCUCGCAGUGAACCGAGCCUGGCUAGUGAUGGGCCCCCUCGUCCGGCCAAGGCCCCUCGCAAAGUGAAGGCAAACAAGGAGCUGGAGGAAGGCAAGAAUAAGUGGAAGGACUUCGCUGCCAAGACCAAGGGCAAGGGCAAGUUUGGAAAGAAGGAGAGCAUGUUCCGAACUGGUGAAGGUGUCAAUGCACGAGGUUCCGGUCAGACCAUGCGCAAAGAUCCCACACGAUCCCGUCACAUCUACCAGAAAACCGACGAUGAAGGUUAUUAA